UUGGUACUAUUUAGUAACGGCGGUUAGGUAGGAUAUGAAGAGUUUGUGGAUAUAAACUGAGUUGUUGAGGACAGGAGAAUGAAUGUGCAUUUCUCUUGUUAAAGAUCUUCAUAUGAUUAACUUCUGGGGUGACCUUAACACUAAGUUCAUUAGUAAGUUAGCCUGUGGCUGUCUGCUGGAGUUUAGUAUUUGUAGCAAGCUGAGGUUUCAUGCUUCAGACUACCAGAGAUACAGAACGAUAAAGGUGUAGUAGCUUUUUGGAGUGUUGCAGUUGCACUGUCUGAAGAUCUCCCUCCUCUUCUGCCUCUUAGGCUUUUUGCUUACUGGGAGCUGUGUUCAUGGUUGAGUUUCUUAAGUUGCAUGCUAACUAAAUGUUAUUUUUGUGCUCGGAGAAAAGAAAGAUGGUUUAUAAUGUUCCGAUUGGCUUAAGAAAAAAGAUUCUUUUCUGAAGUUUAUUAGUGUCAUAGAAGGAUAAAUUCUGUAGCAAAGAACACAGAGUACAGUAUGUCCCACCACGCAAGCAGCACUGAAUCUGGAAGAAAUGGAGGCUUGGGACAAAAACUGACAGUCUUGCAAAAGAACUUGUAGAAGUAUGGGUGAUGUUACAACAGAUUAAACAGUUGAAGGUAUAAGUGAUUGAGGACAAGACUUCUUGCUGUCCAAGGAUGGAAAACAACAUAACUACUAUCUCUCGGGAAGAGCUUGAAGAACUAAGAGAAGCAUUCGGUAAAAUAGAUAUUGACAACAGCGGAUACGUCAGCGAUUAUGAACUUCAAGACCUGUUUAAAGAAGCAAGUCUGCCCUUGCCCGGUUACAAAGUCCGAGAGAUUGUAGAAAAAAUCAUUACAGUGACAGAUAGCAACAAGGACGGGAGAAUCAACUUUGAAGAAUUUGUCUCUAUAAUUCAGGAAUUGAAAAGUAAAGAUGUUAGCAAAUCUUUCCGAAAAUCAAUAAACAAAAAGCAAGGUAUUACAGCAAUUGGAGGAACGUCAGCAAUAUCUAGUGAAGGGACACAGCACUCUUAUUCAGAGGAAGAAAAAGUUGCUUUUGUUAAUUGGAUAAAUAAAGCUCUCCAAGAUGACCCAGACUGUAAGCACCUCCUCCCUAUGAACCCAUCAGAUGCCAGUCUUUUUAAAUCCCUUGCAGAUGGCAUCCUCCUUUGCAAAAUGAUCAACUUUUCACAACCAGAUACAAUUGAUGAAAGAGCUAUUAAUAAAAGGAAACUCACUCCUUUCACUGUUUCUGAGAACCUAAACCUCGCUCUGAACUCAGCAUCUGCUAUCGGCUGUACGGUUGUCAAUAUUGGAUCACAAGAUUUGCAAGAAGGAAAACCACACUUGGUAUUAGGCCUGUUGUGGCAGAUCAUUAAAGUGGGUCUUUUUGCUGACAUUGAGAUCUCCAGAAAUGAAGCUCUUAUUGCCCUGCUAAGUGAAGAGGAAGAGCUAGAUCAGUUAAUGAAGCUUUCCCCAGAAGAGCUGUUGCUGCGCUGGGUGAACUACCAUCUGGUCAAUGCAGGGUGGCAGAAAAUCAGUAACUUCAGCCAAGACAUUAAGGAUUCAAGAGCAUACUACCAUCUGCUGAAUCAGAUUGCACCCAAAGGAGAUGGCAUUGAUGAAUUGCCCAUUAAAAUUGACUUUUCAGGAUUUCAUGAUAAAAAUGACUUGAGGAGGGCUGAAUACAUGCUCCAACAGGCAGAUAAAUUGGGCUGCAGACAGUUUGUAACUCCAGCUGAUGUGGUUGCAGGCAACCCUAAACUCAAUUUGGCUUUUGUUGCAAAUCUCUUUAACACAUAUCCAGCCCUACACAAGCCUGACAAUUCAUCUUACGAUCUCAAUUUAUUAGAAGAUUUGACUCCUCCUAAUGUAGGAGAAAGUAAUGAAGAAAGGACUUUCAGAAACUGGAUGAAUUCUCUGGGCGUAAGUCCGUAUGUUAAUCAUUUAUACAGUGACCUCUCUGAUGCUUUAAUAAUCUUCCAAUUGUAUGACAUGACUCGUGUGCCGGUUGACUGGAACCAUGUCAACAAACCUCCUUACCCCUUACUUGGUGGCAACAUGAAAAAGAUUGAGAAUUGCAAUUAUGCAGUGGAACUUGGGAAAACAAAAGCCAAAUUCUCACUGGUUGGUAUUGCUGGACAUGAUCUUAAUGAGGGUAAUCCAACUCUGACUCUGGCUUUGGUAUGGCAGCUGAUGAGAAGGUACACUUUGAAUGUUCUAUCAGACCUUGGAGAGGGGGAAAAAGUAAAUGAUGACGUUAUUAUUAAGUGGGUGAAUCAGACACUUGCAAACGCAAAUAAGAAAUCUUCAAUUACAAGCUUCAAGGACAGAUCAAUUGGCACUAGUUUACCUGUCCUAGAUUUAAUAGAUGCCAUUGCACCGAAAGCAGUUCGUCCAGAAAUGGUCAAGAGAGAAGAUCUUUCUUAUGAAGACAAAUUGAAUAAUGCUAAGUAUGCCAUUUCAGUUGCUCGAAAAAUUGGUGCUCGUAUAUAUGCUCUGCCAGAUGAUCUGGUUGAAGUGAAGCCAAAAAUGGUGAUGACAGUGUUUGCAUGUUUGAUGGGAAGAGGACUGAACAGAAUAAAAUGAAGAAAUUUAAUGUAACUUUAUGCCAUGUUAAGCACGAUGAAUGCCUCGCAGUUUACAGAGUUCUGAAGCUUAGUAUAAAAUGAGAACUUGUAUGCAUAAACAUGCUAAUUAAUUACAUUUGAAUAAUGUGCUUAUAUUAGUUAAUUUAUUUGAUUUCAUAAUGGAUUGAUUAUUUAUGAGUAAUAGUGUUUUCAGAACAUGUUCAUUACCAAGUUAAUGUCACAGGUUUGUAUUGCUUAAAAAAAUUCACACCAUAUUAGUCGAGCGUCAUUCAUAUUAGUUUUCAUAGCACUGUAAGCACAUCUGCAUCAUUUUACACAUUAUUUAGGGCCUAUUGUGAAACAUUGUUUGAUGUUUGUGGGUGUUACUUACCUGUAGUCACACAAGUCUCAAGGUGCAUUUCAGUCCUAUUCUAUUACUUUUAACUGCACAGAAGUUAUCAUCCUUGCCUUAUUAUAAAGCUGAGAGUUCAAGUCCUGUUGAAGCCAAUGAGUCUUGCAUCGAAUUCAGUGCGAGCAAGUAAAGGCCUAUGAUAAUGUCUGGAAACUAAUGACUAUUGAUAAAGCUGAUGAAUCUUUCCUGUGGGAAUGAUCUUUAAAUAUAUGUAGUAGUUUUGUUCUGUUACUGAGCAGGAACUUUUAUGGUCUGUCUUAAGAAAAAACAGCAACUAGCAAGCAGAAAUAUCAUCAUGUCGUUAUUAGGUCUGCAUAUGCAUUAGCUUUUGCAAUUGGACUUAAGAGCUGAUUUUUUAAAAAAAUUUUUCAUAAAAUUUUGUGUAAGAAAAGAAUAAAGAGGUGGCUAGUCCAGUUUGAGGGUUCUCAUUAAUACUCUAAAGUAUGUCACGUGUGUAGAGGUUUUCUCUAGAAAGACUGGUGCGUUGUCUGGAUGAGAUGAAGUCCAUAAUUAUUUUCUCAUUAAUUUUAAAGCAUCUACAGCUUUCUUUGCAGCUGUAAAUUUUUACUAAAUGUUCUGCAGCCAGACGUUUAAUAAAGUUGUUAACAGAAGCCAAACAGAAAGAAAACAGAUGAAAAAAAAUUUAUGUAUGAAGCUCCUCCUUCCUCAUGAAAGCUGUCCUAAUGGUGGCAAAACCCAAGAAUCAUGAUGAGUUAAGAGCGGGAUUAAUCUUUACAUAUUGCAAAAAGUACUAACAGAAACAAGAUUCAUCCCUUGAGUUUCUAUUCUAUUUUAUAAUGGGAUACUGGGAGUUGAGAGAAUUAGGUGCUUGGAUUUAGGUCCAUUUUUCUCUGUUUACUGGUUUGUAUUGUCUGGACAAGAAUAAAUUAUUAAUAUUUGAUAGUUACCUGGUUUCUAUUCCCAAUCCCAAACAAUGAGUAAGUACAUUAGGUUCUUUGCCCUGACUGUAGAGACAAAUCAAUCUAAGUCCUCAUUCAAGACAGGCUAAGUGAAGCCUUACUUAAGGUCAAUACUGU